CCGGACCCGUGUGGCGACUGCGCUGGCGGAACCCAGGCGCUGCGGGCUGGGUGCCUGCCGGGACCUGUGCGGCAGCGGCGCGGGCGGAAGUGGGGCCCCUGCAGCGACGACCUGGCCUGGGCCAUGCAGACCCCGCUGACCAUUCCUGUGCCUGUACCAGUCCUCCGCCUCCCUCGGGGCCCCGACGGCUUCAGCCGAGGCUUUGCCCCUGAUGCACGCAGGACCCUCCUGAGGCCAAAAGUCCCAGAAGCUGAAGAAGAUCAUAGUCAAGACCCCCCAGAGUUGCGGGAACAGCGGGCCCGAGCCACUCUCCGAGAGCGCUACCUCCGAAGCCUCCUAGCCAUGGUGGGGCACCCUGUGAGCUUCACGCUGCAUGAAGGUGUGCAUGUGACUGCCCAGUUUGGAGCCACAGACCUGGACGUAGCCAACUUCUACGUGUCCCAGCUGCAGACGCCCAUAGGCGUGCAGGCCGAAGCGCUGCUUCGAUGUAGUGACAUCAUCUCCUAUUCUUUCAAGCCGUAAGACUGGUGUCUCCCCCGUAGGUACUGCCAUAGUAGCCCAGGCCUCCAGCUGUCCCUGGGCCGCAGAGCUCUCCACACCUUCUUAGACUUCCGAAUCAAGCUCCAAGGAACUCUGGCUUUGAACUCGGGGAAACUCCAAACCCGAGACCACCCAGUGCUGUGUGCUUCCCAGCUCUCAAGAGGCUGGCUGGGAAGAUGGUAAAUUCAAGACCAGCCCAUACGACAGUGGGAGAUGACAACAGACAUUCUAGAUCUCAUUUAUUAAAAGGAAUGUUCUACCUCAUAAAACUGAACUUCACAGAAAUAGGGCCCCCAGGCUAGUCCCUGAAGGCUGGGGUGUGGAGGGGGGUUCCAAGACAAACAGCUGAGGUGGGCACUGAAGCGCUUGCAAAGUUGAGCCUCCUGCCCAAGAAACAAUCGUCCAAGGAAAUCAGGCUCUUGUUUCUUUUCUUUUCUUUCUUUCUUUUUUUUUUUUUUUUGGUUUUUUGAGACAGGGUUUCUCUGUGUAGUCCUGACUGUCCUGGAACUCGCUCUGUAGAUCAGGCUGGCCUCGAACUCAGAGAUCCGCCUGCCUCUGCCUCCUGAGUGUUGGGAUUAAAGGCGUGUGCCGCCAC